AUUGAAACCAUCCUAAAUCUCCUUCUUCAUUAGUCCAAAGAUAGACCGGAUUAUGCUGACUUAAGCAUCGGAGUGUCUAUCCCGAGGACCCACCUCGGGGCUUUACAGGUUUAUCUGAAGUGAAGACGUAGAUUGAAGAAGGAUCUCUGAUUUGGUGCAAUUACAUUGUGCUUAUUGGGUUUUCUCUCUUUGUCAGUGUUUGGGCAGCUUCACGAGACCUAAUUAACCAUAAGUUGAUCAACAUAGGGACUUGCAAAACAAACUUGAGGGUUGUCCCUCAUGGUAGACCUAAUUAAAAUAUUUCAAUCAAUAAAAACUUGAGAUUUUAAUUUAAAGUUUUUACAUUCAAACCUAAAGCAUAUAAAGAGAGGUUUAAGGAUGAGAAAGGCUAUUUCUAUUACCAUAUAACCUAUACGGGAGAUGUAUCAAAAGAAAUUUAAGAACUGUCAGUUUAAUUUGCAAUCAAUUACAGGCCGCAGCCAGGCUUCAGCAGCAUGCAAUUUGAUCUUUGAAGGAUGCUGCUGGGCAUUUUCAGCUGUGGCAGCUGUAGAAGGGAUCACAAAGAUAAAGAGUGGUCAACUGCCUUCUUUGUCCGAGCAGCAGCUGGUUGACUGUGUUGAAGACAACCACGGCUGCAAAGGCGGUUGGAUGACUACUGCUUUUGAGUACAUCGGGGAUAACCAAGGAAUAGCUAGUGAGGAGAGUUAUCCUUACGAGGAAAUGGAUGGAACCUGUCAAGCGGAGAGUGCCACAGCAGCUGCCAGUAUCAGUGGUUUCGAAGAAGUAACUCCCAAUGAUGAAGAGGCAUUAUUAAAGGCUGUAAGCACGCAGCCUGUCUCUAUUGCCUUAGAAGCCAGUGGGUAUUAUUUCAAGAACUAUGAGAGUGGUGUUUUGACUGCUGGAGAAUGUGGCAAUAAGCUAGACCAUGCUGUUACAAUUGUUGGGUAUGGGACUACUGAAGAUGGCACCAAGUACUGGUUGAUCAGGAAUUCAUGGGGAGAAACUUGGGGAGAGAGUGGCUACAUAAGGAUUCAGAGGGAUGCUGGAGUCUCAGGAGGUCUCUGUGGCCUUGCAAUGAAACCGUCCUACCCGGUUGCUUAAGCAGCAUCGAGGUUUAAAGAAAUUUCUUGAACUACCCUAUAACGCAGUGUGUUCCUUUUACAUUACUAAGCAUACUUGGCUAUGAAAAUGCCAAGGAACUCAACUAUCCUAUAGUUUAGCGCUUUCCUUCCAUAUGUAAGCAUACUCGGCUUAAAAAAUGCCAGUGUGCUUG